AUGCCCGCUACCGAAACUCCGGAUUACCACGCCACGUAUGAUGCCGCCAUGCAGAAUGCGGAAAACCGUGUCUUCCAUCUUUUGCACUCUUUGGAAUGGCAACUUCAUACCGAGAAGAAAACUGGCAGCAUUUGGAGCAUGAGAUGCAACGUGAUGGAUAAUUACAUUUUCCGCUACGAAGGACGUAUUCCAAAUAGAACGUGUGCUGAGGUAUCCGCUAUGAUACAUCCCCAAGGCCUCCACCGCAGCAAAUGGGACUCUCAAUCUGCCGGAACUAGCGUUGUUGAAGAGAUCAGUCAUGAUACGUCAGUUAUUCUCCACAAAACAAAGGGCCGGAUGAUGGGCUUGAUAUCGCCACGGGAGACCCUCGAUCUGUGUCGUUUUGCAUACGAUUCGGUUGAUGGAAGCCGUUCGGUGGUCAUGGUUAGUGUGGAGAACGAAAAAUCGCCAAAGACCGCCGGAGUGGUUAGAGCUCAGACCUACCCAACUCUUUUGAUGCUUAACCCCCUAGGAGAUGGAGUCAAAAUCACCUCAAUCGUUCAAGGAGACAUGCAUCUGCAAGGUAUCCCACAAGCACUCAUCGACUCAAUGAUGCCGAAGGGAAUCGCAAGUUUCUUUGAAGAUCUUAUAAAAUACGCGAACAAAGAUGACACAAAGGUCUCUCUGAAUCACAAUUUGACUGGAUGGUGUGGAGCUCACUUGGAAAACUGA